AUGGCAUCAUCACAGCCUGAUCCAACCUAUACCGUCUUUGUCCGCCUCCCCUUCCCCCGAGGCGACUUCGUGGACCCUCCUCUUGUGAACUGGGACUCCUCCAAAGAUGAGGCCUUGUGGGGGAUUGUGUCGAGGCUCUCUAAGACAGAGAUAGACUGGAACGAGAUUGCAUCGAAAUUCCAAGUCACCAUCGACUUUCUCAUACAACAGGCCGCCUGGCUUACCGAGCGUCAUGCCUCCCAAGUGCGAGCCCAGAUGCGCAAGGCUGCUGCCGCUGCGAAAGGCUCCUCAGCGCCUUCUCCUCAAGAGCGCCCCGACGGCCCUUUCUUGGCCGAGCCCAUGCGACGAACCGGUUCCGGCGGUGGACAGGCUAGAGCACCUUCCUCCUUAUCAAUCCGCAAGGACCCCCCUUUGCCUCGGAACGAUGCUAGCACACCAGGCACUCCGUUGAGGAACACACCGCGCCCUGGGGCAUCACGGACGUCAUCAACGAAUACUGAAGUCUUUACAGCCAGGAAUCUUGGAGGCAGCAGUAGAGCUCCAGUCAGGACUAGUGCUGAUGCCCAGAGACGGCGGCUGUCGUCUCUCCCUAUCGCUACCUCUGUCGAUGACCAAGAGUCAGAUCCCCCGUCCCCUGAGCCUGCCGAGUCGAGCUCUGCCAGUUCAUCGUCAGCGUCGAGCCCGGCCCAAUCAAGAAUCAUCCGUCGACCGCCACGAUUCCAGGGCAACGAUGCAACCUCAUCUUUUGCCGAUGAUGACGAUGACGACGCACAUCCUGCUUUUCUCCCAUACAGGCUGCAGGCAGACGGGUCCACGAGUGGGCAACACGAUCUCAGUGCGACACUUCGCGGCGACCCUCGAGGUUUUGGAAAACGAGUACCAAAGGUACCUGGUAGGGAGCGAAUCCACCAGUCGCAAACAUCGGACUCUUCUACGAGCUCGGCUGCUCCUGUGUCCAAGGGACCCUCGGACAAGUCCAGGCCUAGUGGUCCAUUGUCACCCCGCCGUACCAUGGAGUUGGCCGGUCGCAGUCCAGCCGGAAAGGGGAAGGGUUAUUCGCGAGACAGCGACGGGACUCCAAGCAUGGGGAGCAGUUUCAGUGAUCUUGAUGAUGCUUCAGUGACCCAAUCUGCCCUGGAAGAAGCCCUGGCAAGCAAGAUGCAAGACGGUGGCACGAUAGGCAGUCUUAGAGGGACUAUCAGCAACGCCUUCAGAAGCAGAUAUCAGCCCAAGUGA